CGUAAUGAGCAUGCAGGCUCGGGUCCAUCUGCUCCGUGCGCUGUAGCAAUGCCGUUGGAGAAAAAAAUCACACAUUGGAAUCGUCUGGAUCACUGGAUUAUUGAGCAGCAUAAGGUCAACGCAAAAUCAAAAGGUAGACUGCGGAAGCGCGCACCACUGCGCGGGCACAGCUGUCAGCACCAAGGACAGCCGCAGCCCCAAGCGUCGCAUCAGUCUAAUAAUCACUUCACAGCAAAGCCCCGCACAGAGCCCACGGAGGACCGGGAGAGCGAUACACUGCACUUAAAGGAAAACGCAUACACCGCAAAAUAUGCUCUGACUCGUUUCUAUCGACAUUGGAAAAAAGAAAAUGGUGGAAAUUGACAAAGAAAAUCAAAAUGUUUGAAGAAAGGCUGCUGACAAUUACGAAAAUAAUCCAACAGCGGUUGAGGUCCUGACCAUGAACAUUCCUCCGCAUUUCCCAUAAAUCAGCUGUCCAGAUUUUCCCCACUGUCCAGGGGGACGGUGGUUCCAGUCUUUUUAACCGGGUGAACCGUGCAGUCCAGAAGCCGGGCAAGCCGACCCGCCAACACGAGGGAGAGACGCAACCGGGGUCCUCUGUGCGGUUUGAUCGUUCACACGAUGCGUCUGUUUCUGCUGGCGGUGUUCCUCUCGUGCUCCUGUGCGCGAGGCGGCUGCGAGCCGAAGAUAGUGAACAUCGGAGCAGUCCUGAGUCAGAAGAGGUACGAGCAAGUCUUUAAGGAUGCGGUGACCCAGGCGAAUCAGAUCUACGGGAGAGAUAAAUUCAAGUUGACCGCCAUCUCCGUAACGCACAAACCCAACGCUAUCCAGAUGGCUCUCUCCGUCUGCGAGGACCUCAUCUCUAACCAGGUGUAUGCCAUCCUGGUGAGUCAUCCUCCCCAGUCCAAUGACCACCUCACCCCCACGCCUGUGUCCUACACCGCAGGCUUCUACCGCAUCCCUGUGGUGGGCCUCACCACACGCAUGUCCAUCUACUCCGACAAGAGUAUCCACUUGUCCUUUCUGCGGACUGUCCCCCCGUACUCCCACCAGGCUCACGUGUGGUUCGACAUGAUGCGAGAGUUUCGAUGGAACCACAUCAUCCUGAUUGUCAGCGAUGAUCACGAGGGGCGGGCCGCGCAGAAGAGACUGGAGACCCUACUGGAGGAGAGGGAAACAAAGAAUAAAAAAAGGAACUAUGAAAACCUCGACCAACUGUCCUAUGACAACAAGCGAGGACCUAAGGCAGAGAAAGUCCUCCAGUUCAGCCAGGAGACUAACUUAACUGCUCUGCUUCUGGAGGCCAAAGAGCUGGAGGCUCGUGUCAUCAUCCUCUCCGCCAGUGAAGAGGACGCUGCUGCAGUUUACAAGGCUGCCCGUUUCCUCAACAUGACGGGCUCGGGUUACGUGUGGCUGGUGGGAGAGCGGGAGAUGUCGGGUAAAGCCCUGAGUGAGGCACCAGAUGGUCUCAUCGGCCUCCAGCUCAUCAACGGCAAGAACGAGUCGGCCCACAUCAACGACGCAGUGGCAGUGGUGGCUCAGUCCAUCCAGGAGCUCUUUGAGAAGGAGAACAUCACGGAGCCGCCGAGAGGCUGUGUGGGAAACACCAACAUCUGGAAGACCGGGCCCCUCUUCAAAAGGGUUCUGAUGUCAUCAAAGUACCCAGAGGGCCUCACUGGACGUGUGGAGUUCAAUGACGAUGGCGACAGGAAGUACGCUCACUACAGCAUUCUCAACUACCAGAAGAGUCGACUCAUUCAAGUCGGGAUUUACAAUGGAACACAGGUGGUGAUGAAUAAUCAGAGGAAGAUCAUCUGGCCGGGGGGAGAGACAGAGAAACCGCGGGGCUUUCAGAUGUCCACAAGACUUAAGAUAGUGACCAUACACCAGGAGCCCUUUGUGUAUGUGAAGCCCACUGAGCAGGAUGGAACCUGCAAGGAGGAAAAAACAUUAAAUGGAGUGGCAGAUAUUAAAAAGGUGAUCUGCACUGGACCAAAUGAGACCAUCCCAGGUAACACAACAGGACGUCCAAUUGUACCUCAAUGUUGUUAUGGAUUCUGUAUCGAUCUACUUAUCAAGUUGGCCGGAACCAUGAACUUUACCUAUGAGGUGCACCUGGUGGCUGAUGGGAAAUUUGGAACACAGGAGCGGGUGAACAACAGCAACAAGAAAGAGUGGAAUGGCAUGAUGGGAGAGCUCCUGGGGGGUCUGGCAGAUAUGAUCGUUGCCCCGCUGACGAUAAACAACGAACGAGCCCAGUACAUCGAAUUCUCCAAACCUUUUAAGUACCAAGGCCUAACCAUCCUCGUUAAAAAGGAAAUCCCUCGCAGUACACUGGACUCGUUCAUGCAGCCGUUUCAGAGCACACUGUGGCUGCUGGUGGGUCUUUCGGUGCAUGUGGUGGCGGUGAUGCUUUACCUACUAGACCGGUUCAGCCCGUUUGGGAGGUUUAAAGUAAACAGUGAAGAAGAAGAAGAAGACGCCCUCACCUUGUCGUCAGCCAUGUGGUUCUCCUGGGGAGUUUUGCUUAACUCCGGUAUUGGGGAAGGCGCGCCGCGCAGCUUCUCAGCGAGAAUCUUGGGCAUGGUGUGGGCCGGCUUUGCCAUGAUUAUAGUGGCAUCAUAUACUGCCAACCUGGCUGCCUUCCUGGUGCUGGACCGGCCUGAGGAGCGCAUCACCGGCAUCAACGACCCGAGGCUGAGGAACCCAUCAGACAAGUUCAUCUACGCCACUGUGAAGCAGAGCUCUGUGGACAUCUACUUCCGGCGGCAGGUGGAGCUUAGCACCAUGUACCGCCACAUGGAGAAGCACAACUACGAGAGUGCCGCUGAGGCUAUCCAGGCCGUGCGCGACAACAAGCUGCAUGCUUUCAUCUGGGACUCUGCGGUGCUGGAGUUUGAAGCCUCGCAGAAGUGCGACCUGGUGACCACGGGAGAGCUGUUUUUCCGUUCGGGCUUUGGCAUAGGCAUGCGCAAGGACAGCCCCUGGAAACAGAAUGUGUCCCUGGCCAUUCUCAGUUCCCAUGAGAAUGGCUUCAUGGAAGAUCUAGAUAAAACCUGGGUGAGAUACCAGGAGUGUGACUCACGGAGCAAUGCCCCAGCCACACUCACCUUUGAGAACAUGGCAGGAGUGUUCAUGCUGGUGGCUGGAGGCAUAGCAGCAGGGAUCUUCCUCAUCUUUAUUGAGAUCGCCUACAAGCGGCACAAAGACGCCCGCAGGAAGCAGAUGCAGCUGGCCUUUGCGGCCGUCAACGUCUGGAGGAAGAACCUGCAGGACAGUAAGGAGGCCUCUGGGAGCCAAGCUGUGGGCGCAUCGAUGACUCCAUCGUUACCCUCUUCCUCUCUAGAGACUCAGGAUGAUAGGAAAAGUGGUAGAGCAGAGCCCCCCGACCCCAAAAAGAAAGCCUCUUUUAGGUCCAUCAGUACCUCCCUGGCCUCCAGCAUCAAGAGACGUAGGUCGUCCAAAGACACGCAGUACCCACCCACCGACAUCACGGGCCAGCUCAACUUGUCCGACCCAUCUGUCAGCACAGUGGUGUGAGAGGGACAGAAGGAGAGAGAGAUUCUCUCCUCGGAGAGAAAGAGAGAGGGUGGGUGAACGGAGAGAGCCUUCCCCCAGAUCGCUGCAUUGUUGGAUCCAUCACUGCUGAAGCUUUUUGUCCCAUUGGCUUUGCAGUGGAGCGAUGGAGCCUACGUCUAAGAAAGGACUCCCCUGAUCAUAUUCUCUGAUCAUGGCACCUGUUACAGCUGUCUGGCAUUAGUUAGCUCUAGGGUUCUGAGCUUACUGACACAUUCUGUGUUUUUAUCUGUUUUCUCUAUUCAUGCUCAAUUUAUGCUUAAAACAGUCCAAUCUUUGUCUAAUUUACUUACUGCAGACAUAGUGAUGCUGGAUACUACUACUAUUUAAUAUAUCUACAUGAUACAUUUGACUGUUUUAAAAAUCUUGUUUAUUUAGAUGACUUAAGUAUACAAACAAGUUAAGUUCUGUACAUAUCAUUUAACGUAUAAGAAGGGACUAUAACACACAUUAUUAUUUCACAGUAUUUAACAACAGGAGGUGGCAGGUAGUUUAACGGUUAAGGGUUAGUUAGGCCAGUAACCGAAAGGUCGCUGGUUUGAAUCCUCAAGCUGACUAGGUGAAAAAUCUGUCGAUGGUCCUUGAGCAAGGCACUUAAGCCUAAUUGCUCCAGUAAGUUGCUCUGGAUAAGAGCCUCUGCUAAAUGACUAAAAUGUGAACAGUAUAAUAGGUACACUUUGCUGGAUAACAACUACAGCAUUUUAUUUAGAAAUUCUUAUUUUAACUCCAUGUUUAAACAUUUUAGAUAUGUCUUUGUUCAAUUGGACACGUUUUAAUAGUGAGAAUAUUAACUUUUGUGACAAUGUAAUCCUUUAAAGCAGCAAUUCUAAAGAAGGAAGCAUGCAUGUAUUGUAAAUGCAUAGAUGCAACUGAAUAUUUAUGUAACUAAUGUCCAUGGUGUUAAUAUUGCUGCUACUGUUUGUUGGAAUACUCUGUGGCACUUUACAACACACUUAAAACCAUUUUCUAAUCACUCACAGUUUUCUGAGAUACAAAAAUGGAGAACUUUGUUUACAUUGUAUUCUUUGCCCCUUAAUAAUUUUAUAACUGCCAAAUGCAUGCUUGUAUAUAUUUUAUCCAGCCAGUAUUAUCCUUUGGUGCCCCUUGAAAACAUUCUGCCUGUAACGUAAUGUUCACAUUUACCUGUAUUUGGUCCAAUGAGGUCCUUACACCUUUGAUAUUAGGAAAGUGGCAAUGCUCUAUUCUUAUUUGAAAGGGAUUUUUAGUCACGAAUCUAAUCAAAACUACAGGAAAUACUCUCAAAAGGGUGCAAAUUUUUGCUUUUGCCCUAGCACUACACACCUGAUUCAAAUAAUCAACUCAUCAUAAGCCUUUGGUGGAAUCAUGUGUGUAGUCCUAAGGCAAAAGCAAAAAUGUGAAUCCUUUUGGGUCCCCAGGACCAGGAUGAAGAGAAACAUUCUCUGUCAUUGUUUUCUGACAUAUGUUUGGAAACCUCCCUCUCGCUUUCCUCAGUCUUUCUUAUCGCCAGUGUCAAGGUGUUGCAUCAAAGGGCCAGGUUUUUCACCCAACCAGCACUUGGUCUUUCAUGCAAAACCUCUUCCCUGUGCAUGGCAGUCUAUCUUCAAUUUGCACUGAGGUCUUUUACAUGAUAGGAACCCAUGUGAAUUGAUAACUCGGCUUAACUUGCAGUCUUGCGGCUGUGAGGUUAGGUACAGUUAUCUUGGUUAAAUGCAAAACGGGCCAUUUCCCAGGCUCUGAUGUUGAGAAACAAAGACAAAGUGUGGCAUGUUGAAACAAAGACUACAGUACCAUUCUGGCAUGGCAAUGCACAGCACUUUAACCUGAGGGCUUCCCCAUACUGUUCCCUUCAACAAUGCUGAUUGAAUUAUGAUUAUGUAUUCAGUAUGCAAGUACAUACAAAUGUAUAUGAAUAAGAUUAGAAAACAGCUCACAAGAGAGAUCAUGGUCUAAUUGUUACAGAAUGAUCCACAGCACAAAAUGGUUAAAUCAACGUUGUUUCAACGUAAUUUGUCAAUGUAUUGUGAUGUGGAAAAUACAUUGGAUUUGAAAAAGUUGUCAAAGUUGUCAAGGUGACAUUUCAACCACAGAAUUAUGUCAUCAUUGUAACCAAUUUUCAACAUAGUCAACCUUGAAUAAAAUAUGUUGAAUUUGUACCUUUUGAAACAACAUCAGAUCUUCAACGUUAUAUCCAUGUCAGAAAAAAAACAACAGGCUGGGCUGUACCUGGUACUGGAGAGUUGAUCUAUCUACAGCUACCCGUUGGUCCAGGGUUUUAACCAAGCCCAGCCCUGCUUAGCUUUGAUAUUUUCCACUGACUACUACCAAUGUGCUAUCGUGAGAAUGAUUAUUGAGAGAUCUCUUAAUAGCUAAAUAGAUUCACUGUUGCUAUCAAAGUAAUUCCAAAGGUCAUAUAAGCAAUGUUCCCCCCCCCCGAAAAAAUCCGGCACUGAGCAAAUUUCAGGUCUGCUGAGCGCAAACUUGAAUGUUGUGAAAAUUCUGUGGAACUUCCAGCGCGUGUUUACUGCUUUAAGUUACAGUUUUAACAGUGGCCAAGUAGGCUACUGUGGCUAUUUGGUCAUAAUGUAGGACUACCAUAAAAAAACUAUGGAGAAAAUGAAUCCCAUAACAUUGUAACAUGGAAAUCGCUGUUCUAUCAUGCAGCCUACAGUAGCAGCCAAUAUGUGUUGGUCAAUGUAGGCCUACAUCCAUGCAGGGCUUGACAUUAACCUGUUUAUCCUCUUGUCUUUCAUAAAAGGAGGUGACUGAAAAUGUUUUUGUGUUGUUUGAUGUAAGAAACCACUUUACAAAAGAAAAUGUAUUAUUAUUUCCAUACCCUUUUUACAGAGAAUCAGACAAAUUAUACUACCCUCUGCUUAUUGGCUACUUAGCUUAUUCAAGCCUGUCUCAAUAUACAAAACUGCCCCUUUAAGACAAAAAAAAGCUCUUUACCUGACUCGCUUUUCAAAGAUGUCUAGGAAUGUGUACGUUUUGUGGUCUUAUAGGAAGCAAUCACUCCCCUAUUGCUGACUACAAAUGAUCUAUAACUGGGCUAAUAACUCACUAACUAGCAAAGGAUACAAAAUGCUUUGAUCUCAAAACAAGUGCAUUUUCUCAAGACCACAGCUGUAAACACAGUCCAGUUCAAGGUAAACGGCACAGAUCCAUAUAUGGCAAUGGUCUAUUUGUAUAUAGGCCUACUACAGCUCUGAUUGGUUAUGCCGCAUGGGUCUGUGUAAUGUACGGGUUGAGUCGUGUGCAAUAGAAUCCUACUCCGAUGAGGUCUGCCUUCAACAAAAUCUCUUGCAUAGUUCGUUUUGUUUCAGGGUGUUGCAUUAAAAGUGGCUAACAUUGCAUUGAUUCGAUCACAAUUGCCACAGUAAAGGGAAACGUUGAUAGUGUUAACAGGGAAAACUAGACAAACUGGAUAUUGAAUUGUGUUUUGUUGUCAACACAACCAAAUAUCAACAUUUAAAGGAGAUGUAGCUUCUGCUUUGGUAUUUCCAUCUGUGCCACUGACAUAGUUUAGCUUGAAUUCCAGUUUGCUACAAAAAAAAAAAAGCAUUUGUCGGAUUCAUGUCCCCUUCUCAACCAAAAAUCUAAGUUAAAGAAUAAGACUAAAUCAAAUCAAACUUUAAAUAAAGUUUGAUUUGAUUUAGUCCCGUUCUAUAGAUUCAAUAUUUGUUUUAUAUGGAGACAAACUGGAAUUAAAGCCAGACUACUGGCACAAAAGAUACAUAUUUUUCAAAUGUUGAUAUUUGGUUGUGUUGACCAAACACAAUUCAAUAUCCCUUUAGCAAUACAGCAAAUAGCCUAAAGUUAACGCAAUCUUACAAACUAAUAUAACAGUAUUUAUUCAAUGUUAAAAUUAGUAACACACCAAUGGCCACAUUGAGGUUACUGUACUUUAAAUGUAUUAUGUAAUCAUAGAAAGUGGGCAUGUUCAAGAUGAUAGCAUGCAAAGGUCACAGGUCUGUGGAGAUCUUUACAAUUGCUUUAAUAACGUGCAGAAUCUCGAACAGCAUUGAUCAGUUCCACCAUUUUUUAUGUAAUCUCAACUGCAAUCCAGGUCAUUUGGUUCUGCUAUUACAUGAAGCACAGUGACAACACAUAUUGUUGUAUAAAUACAGAUUAUCUGACAUUGUUUUUCCAUUCAAAUUUGGUUGGGCUUUCAGAUGGUUGAAAGCAUAGUAAUAACAUGUUGGGAAUUCAACACAUUUCUGGCUGUCUUUUUGAGUGUCUCUCAACCAAAUAUUACCCAAAUGUUCACCUUGAAAUGACGUGGUGUCCCCAGUGGGGAGUGUCUCAUACAAACAGAAAAAAAGUCAUUAAUAAUUGUAUGAAUUUGUUUGGUGACAAAGUUUUUGAUGAAACACAUAGAUUGUAGUACUUCACAGGAGAAACAGUUAACAUAUUAACAAAUGUAUAGCACUAAGUUUAUGAAUGUGAAAUUGUAUCAUUGAAAUAGUUGCUUCUAGUCAUUUUCUCAUUCUGGCCAAUGCUUGCUUAAGUGUUUUUAUCAGUGUUGUUUUUUGGUUCUUGAAUGCUUAUUGAUAUUGACCAUACAGAUUAUGUUUAGUUUUCUGAAAUGCAUACUUUGAGUACAAUGUAAAUAUAAUUUGGUUUGUUAUUGAUGAGGAUGAGGAGAUUGACAUUCUAGUACCACAAGUGCAAUACAAUGUCACGCACACACAAACACACACUCAAACACGGUAUACAUUUUGAAGUUUUACCUCCUCAAUUACGAAGAUGAUAUAAAAAGAUUUUCAAUUAAAUGAUCGUGUUUGUAUAGAUGCACUUGUAAAUAAAAUGUACCUAUUGCCAAAUGCAA